AUGCCGCUGCCCGCCUCACUCAACCUUCUGCAGACCUCCAUCGGGGAGCUCUCCGCUCUGCUCGCAGAUGAUGCCAUCACCUCGGUCGAGCUGGUCCAGGCAUAUAUCGCCAAUAUCGAGAAGAACAACAUCGCCGGUCUCGGACUCCGCGCCAUCAUCCAGACCGCGCCAAAUGAGCUCGUGCUUAAGAUCGCUGAAGACCUGCGACAACAAGGAACGAUCCGGGGCCCGCUCCACGGUAUUCCGGUCUUGGUGAAGGACAGCAUCGCCACUGACCCCGCAUUGGGCAUGGACACUUCAGCUGGGAGCACCGCACUUGGCGAAUUGCACAAGAACAAGCCGAGGUUUAGGUAG